AAUUUUUUUUAUCAAUAUUCGUCAUCGUCGAAUUUAUGCAAUUUAUUUGAAAAGAAAAAAAAACUAAUUUCAAUCCAGUUCCAUUUAUUGCUGUUGUGAUUACGAUUUAUUGAAUAAACUACGUGUAAAUUUUUGUUGUUCAGUGAGAUUUGAUUGAAUAUAUAGAAUGGAUAAGGUUACUGAAUUCCACUACACAUCAUUGCCAGAAGAUUCGAUUUAUGUAAAACCGUUUCGCAUGUAUUAUGUACAAAAUGGCAUGAAAAAGUCAUGGGAUUUAUUAAAAGUGCACGACAGUGUGGCAAUAAUUAUUCUAAACAAGACACGAAAUACAUUGGUUUUUGUACGUCAAUUUCGACCGGCUGUUUAUCAUUCGAUAAUAUCAACAGAUCCCGAACAUUUGACAGCGUCAUCAGAAAUUUUAUUGGAAAAAUAUCCAGUUAGUUUGGCCUUUACGAAUGAAUUGUGCGCUGGUAUUGUUGAUAAGUCAAAAUCGCUCAUUGAAAUUGCAAAAGAAGAAAUUCUUGAGGAAUGCGGUUACAAUGUGCCAAUUGAACGAAUUGAGCUUGUUAUGACUUAUAGGUCUGGCGUUGGAACAAGUGGAUCUUUACAAACGUUGUAUUAUUGCGAAGUGACGGAUUCCGAUAAAGCGAAUAGCGGCGGCGGAGUUGACGACGAAAUUAUUGACGUAAUUGAAUUAACGCUAGAUGAAUGCCGUGACAUGUUAAAACAAGGAGCUAAUAAUAAUGCACCACCAAGCUGUUUAUUCGGCAUCAGCUGGUUUUUUGCAAACAAAGCUAAUUCAAAAUGAUAAUUUAAAAACAAUGUGCCAUCUCAGUUUUUCGUUAGAAAAACCAAAGGGUGAUACGUAUUCAAAUUUGUUCCAUUUUAUUAUCUGCCAUUGUGAACCUCAUUCGCAUAAUACAAAUAAAAUUCCAUUUUUUAGAGUA